AGCCUGAUGGAGAAGGAAUGUUUUGGAAAUACUUUUGUGGUGAAAAAGUCACUUUGGUUCAAUGAUUCUGCAUUUCAGGUCAAAUGAUUAACCUGGGAAAAUACAAAGUCUUGCAGAACACAUCAAUGAUAUGCCUUCUAAAUUAUUAUGGUCUAAAGAAUACUUAUUCCAGAACAGGGACUACUUUUACUGAACUAUAGCUGACUGAUGUGUCUUUUAUUUUUCUCUGCAGAUUGGCCGAUGAAUUACACAUGCCUUCCCUGCCAGAAAUGAUGUUUGGAGACAAUAUCCUAAGAAUACAGCAUGAUCAUGGUUUUGGAAUUGAGUUCAAUGCUACAGAUGCUUUAAAAUGUGUCAAUAAUUGUCAAGGUAUGAUCAAAGUCGCUUGUGCAGAGGAGUGGCAAGAGAGCAGGAGUGAGACUGAGCACACUAAGGAAGUUGUCAAGCCGUAUGACUGGACUUACACAACAGACUACAAAGGGACGUUGCUGGGAGAUACUGCAACAUUAAAGGUUGUUCCUACAACAGAACACAUAAAUACAGAGAAAUUGAAAGCCAGGGAACAAAUUAUGUUUUUUGAAGAAGUACUUCUGUUUGAAGACGAACUUCACGAUCAUGGAGUAUCAAGUUUGAGUGUAAAAGUAAGAGUUAUGCCUUCCAGCUUUUUUGUGCUGUUGAGGUUUUUCUUGCGAGUUGAUGGGGUACUUAUCAGGAUGAAUGAUACGAGGCUUCAUCAUGAGGCUGACAAGACCUACAUGUUGCGAGAAUACACAUCCAGAGAAAGCAAAAUAUCAAGUUUAAAGCACGUUCCACCUUCCCUGUUCACAGAACCUAACGAGAUCUCUCAGUAUCUACCCAUAAAGGAGACAAUCUGUGAAAAAUUAGAAUUCCCAGAGAAGCUGGAGCCUAAACCAGAAGAAUCACUGGAAACCGUGUGUGUUAAGUCUAAUAAAUAAAUGUGACUUUAUAUGGACUUGAAGUAGACUGGA